CCUCAGCCGUUUCAGUUGGCACGCUUCUGCAAACCGCCAUUUGUGCAGAAUUCGAAAAUAGAAACAAGGUGAGGUCUCUCCGAUCAAACGCCACCGUCCAACCAGAAACCCUAGGAUCCGUUUGGGCAUGUUCGUUGUAGUCGCAGCGGCGGAGCUUGAUGGCGAGCAUAAAGCCUUUGCCGGAGGCUGUUCGUAGCUCACUGCGUUCUGGCAUUUUCCUGUUCGACUUCACUCGUGUCGUCGAGGAACUGAUUUUCAAUAGCCUCGAUGCUCGUGCUACAAAGGUAUCGGUGUUUGUGAGUACUGGGAGCUGCUAUUUGAAAGUAGUUGACGAUGGAAGUGGAAUUACUCGAGAUGGGCUGCAAUUGGUGGGAGAAAGAUAUGCAACAUCAAAAUUUCUUAAUUUAGUUGAUCUGAAUGCUGUGAGUGAGAACUUUGGUUAUCACGGGGAAGCUUUAGCUUCCAUUUCUGAAGUCUCUUUGCUGGAGAUUGUCACAAGAACAUUUGGAAGGCCAAAUGGAUAUCGAAAAGUGUUGAAGGGGUGCAAGUGUUUAUAUCUUGGUAUUGAUGAUGAUAGAAAAGAAGUGGGCACCACAGUUGUUGUCCGUGAUUUAUUUUACAACCAACCAGUUCGGAGAAAAUACAUGCAAUCCAGCCCCAAUAAGGUUCUGCAAUCAAUCAAGAAAUGUGUAAUGCGACUUGCACUUGUGCGUCCAAAUAUUUCCUACAAAGUGGUUGAUAUUGAAAGAGGGGAUGAGCUCUUUUGCACACAUUCUGCUUCUUCUCCUCUACCGCUUAUAACCAGUGGCUUUGGGGUAGAGGUCACUAGCUCUCUUCUCAAUUUAGAAGUUGAGAAUGAUAUUAUAAAGCUUUCUGGAUACCUAUCUAGUCCUUGCAAUACUUUGAAUGCGAAGGCCUUGCAGUAUGUAUAUGUUAACUCACAAUUCGUUUGCAAUGGCCCAAUUCAUAAACUUCUGAGUCAACUGGCUAUUAGCUUUGAGCAUAUGAACUCAUGGAAUGCUGAUAAUGAGUUCCGAAACAAGAAGAGAACCAGGUCUCAACCAUGUCCAGCUUAUCUCUUGAAUUUAAGUUGCCCCCGGUCUUUGUAUGAUUUGGCCUUUGAACCAUCAAAAACUUAUGUUAUAUUCAAGGAUUGGACUCCUGUCCUAAACUUCAUUGAGAAGGCCAUCAAAAAAUUCUGGGAAGAAAACAUAGCUUGUGUAGAGCCCUCCAUUCAAGCCGCUUACAUGGUAGAAGAUCAACAAGAGAAAGCAGAUGUCAACAUCAUUUCAGCAGUGUCAGAUAUAUCAAAGUUUAGAAACCAAAAUCGUAAGGAUUGCCAAGACCUCUUCUUUUCCACUUCAGACAAGAUAAUUCAAGAUGACCAUCAUCAAUCCAACAGGGAAGAUGCUAGAACCUCCUUUGAUUGCUUACAUCAAGGGGCCAUGAUGUUCAAAGAGCAACAAAGUAAGGGAGACUUUCUUUUUCAGACUGGUUAUUCUGGCAACUUAUUAGAUGGCUCAUAUGCCAAGUGCAUGUCCACUGUGAUGAGAAAACAUAACAGUUUGAUGUUGUAUGAUAACAAUAGUUUAUUGGAAAGAGAUAACUUUUUUGAUGCUGAAAUCCCCACAGUAGAAAGUUUUUAUGAUAAUGUACCUUUUGAAGCACCGAGUUCUUCACAUGGAAGAAAAUUCCAUAAAGUAGAAGCUGAUGUGGUCAAUGAAUCAUUUGAAGACGAUUUACUUAAUAACUGCAAUGGGUACAGUUAUGAUGUAAAAAUUAGUGGGGAUUUGCAAAAGCCUUUUCUAAAGAGAUGCUCUACACUAGGAAGUAUCCUGCAUGAGAAGGCUUUGCUUGUAAAUGAUGAACAUGAACUCCAAACUGAUAGCUUUUGGAGCAAGCAGAAUAUUGGGGAAGAUUAUAGAUGUGGUAAGGAUUUAUAUGCCCAUCCCUAUCCAGAAGUCACAAAAAAGUUGAAGAUGUCUAAAGAUUCUGGUUUUCUCUUAAGAGUGUUGGCUGAAGAAAAUUGUCUCCCUCCAGAUUCCUGCGGUUCAGCAGCACAAAUAGGAAGCACUGGGUCAGAUGAUCAGUUAUUAAAUUUUGAAUGGUAUCCUGUCUACCAAAAACCCUCAUCUCAAGCAUCUGCAUCGGGUGUUUAUCAUACAACUGAUAUUAAAGAUGAUCUCGGACAAGUAUCUAGAUACUAUAAAAGGAUCCAUGGUACAAAACGUUUUGGUGACAGAGAAGACAAGUGCAAUUUCAACUACAAUAUGUCAAGGAAUACCAAUCAACAUCACUGUUCAUCAAGUUUUGCAAAUAGUGGACUUAAUUUUGAUAUUGCUGGUGAUUGUGGUGAAAUAUUCAACAGACUAGUUGACUGGCCUGAUUUCAGUGAUAUACAUUCUACGAAAUGGUCAGAUAUUUCAAAGGAGGAGGCAGACUGGCUGUUGCCUGGGUCAUGUGUUAAAAGCUGCCAGAGACCUAACAAAAACAAAGGCAAAAGGGAUCAAUUUAGAAAUCCAGCUUUGGAGGAGAAUCUUGAAAGAUCUAGAAGAAGCUUUUCAGCUCCUCCUUUUCAUAGAAGCAAAAGGAGAUUUUUCUCUUUAAAUCAUCCUUCAGAAAUUAUAGCCCAAAGACAGAUUGGCCAAAUAUCAAAACCUGCUUUCAAUCAUCGAGAAGCUAGUGAUUUUAAAUAUCCUCUACAGUCUCCCGUUGCUCUUCACCAAAGCACUAAAGAUCUCUCACUGCCAGAAUUCAAAACUGAUGUGAAGCAGACUUCAGAGGUUCAGGGAGAUAUGCAGUUUAAUGACAUUUCAGAGAUUGAUGGAUUUGAAUGUUUCAAAAUUCAAAACAGUGCUCCAUUUGGGGAAUUGAUCUCUAAGAACGUGCAAGAUUCCAUAGAUUACGGGACUAAAUGGAGGAACUCCUCACCCAAAAUUACAAAGAAUGAUAAAUUGGCUAAUAUUCAAAGUCAAAACAAAAUACUUGACAUUUCUUCUGGAUUCUUGCAUCUUGCUGGAGAUUUGUUAAUUCCUGAAACUAUCAGUAAGAAAUGCCUUGAGGAUGCUAAAGUUCUGCAUCAGUUGGAUAAAAAAUUCAUUCCAGUCGUGGCUGGCCGAACCCUUGCUGUUAUUGAUCAGCAUGCUGCUGAUGAAAGAAUCAGACUGGAAGAAUUGCGACAAAAGGUAUUGUCAGGAGAAGCAAAAACAAUAACCUAUCUAGAUGCUGAACAGGAACUGGUACUGCCAGAAAUUGGUUAUCAACUACUUCAUAGUUACAGUGAACAGAUUAAAGAUUGGGGCUGGAUCUGCAACAUUCAUGCUCAAAAUUCUGAAUCCUUUAGAAGGAAUUUGGAUAUUUUCAACAGACCACAGAUGGCCAUCACACUUGUUGCGGUACCAUGUAUUUUAGGGGUCAAAUUAAAUGAUGUUGAUCUUCAAGAAUUUCUUCAGCAGCUUGCUGACACUGAUGGAUCAUCAACAAUGCCUCCCUCUGUCUUACGAGUGCUAAAUUUAAAAGCAUGCAGAGGUGCAAUUAUGUUUGGUGAUUCGUUGCUACCAUCAGAAUGCUCCCUUCUAAUUGAAGAGCUAAAGCAAACAUCACUUUGUUUUCAAUGUGCUCAUGGGCGACCAACAACUGUUCCUCUAGUCAACUUGGACUCACUGCAUAGUCAGAUUGCCAAGCUUCGACUGAUGAACGAAUGUUCAAGUGACGAGUGGCAUGGAUUACAUAAACAUAAAGUGAAUGUUGAACGUGCUACAUGGCGUUUAAAUUCUUCUAGAGGAAUUUGAGCCGUUGGACGAAAUUGGUUCUUACUAUUACCAGUGGGCAGAUUAGUUUGACGAAUCAUUCUUUGGUAAUUGAGUGUACAGCAACAUUGAGGGAGUAAAUAAUGCAGCAACCUUGCUACAGUUGCUUAUAAGGAUAUUUACUAGAUAACAUCAUUUUUCGCGAAUCUUAUGCUCCUGUUUGAAUUUGAUAAAGUUUCACAGCAAUAAUAUAGAUUGAAUAUGAAUGCAAAAAAAAAAAAAAAAAAAUCAAUGUUUUUUUUCCUUCCCAUUAAA